CGCCUCCUUUCCCACAGUCCCUCUUCUCAGCUGUGCUGCGCUGAUUUUCUGCUGCAGAAGACGGGAGAAAAAAUGGCAGCAGCUUUUGAGACCUUGGGCGACAUGUACGAUGUGGCGCUGAAGCCUCGUCUCCUCCACACGCUGAUGACCGAAGAUGUUCCCGACGAGAAGGGGCCGCUUGACUCGUCCAAGUUGUCGAGGGUCGUGUCAGUGAUUAAAACGCACAAGCUUUUGUCUGAAUGCUUCUCGGAAACAAUGGAGGAGAAGCAAAUUAAGCGGUGGAAGUCCGCCGUUGAGGAAUGGCUCAAUCGGUUGAUUUCCCUCCUGGAUAGUAUAAACAUGCCAGAUAAAUGUUGGGCUGGGAUAUGUUUGCUGGGAGUAACAAGUCAAGAGUGCAGCCCUGAGCGUUUCUCGGCAUCAUACAUGGCCUGGUUUGACAAACUUCUAUCAACUAUGCAGUCAUCUGGUGAUUCUCAGUUUCUAAUGGUGGCUUCUUGUGCGUCCAUGUCGGAUCUGAUUACAAGGUUGGCUGGAUUCCCAAAAUUGAAGAAGGAUGGGACCUCUUGUGCUGGGAAACUCAUUCAACCACUUCUGAACAUGUUGAAAGAAGAUAGUACAGAUACUGUGCAGGAAAGGGCAUUGCAUCUGUUAUGCACUAUUAUAACUUCAUUUCCAGCUUCUCUUCCUCGCUAUUAUGAUAGUGUUGAAGCUGCAAUUGCAACAAAAAUACUGUCAGGAGAUGGCAGUCUUAAUUUGCAGAAGAAGCUUGCCUAUUGCCUGGCAUUACUUCCAAAAUCCAAAGGAGAUGAAGAUAGUUGGUUGUCACUACUCCGAAGGAUUCUUAUGUUGUCAAAUGGUUUCUUAACUGAUGGCCUCCGUGGGUUUGAAGACGAAUCUAAACAGGAUGAAGCUGUGAGAUUGAUGUUUCCACCAGAGAAGGAAACUCCAAAAACGAUAUGGGGUCAUACGUUGGUAGAACAAGUCUCAGGCAAGGAAAAAAGGAUGUCAAAGUUAUCCCCUGUCUUGUUACUGAUGUCCAGCUGUUCCACCAUGCUUACCAGUUCAUACCCUGUUCAGGUCAAUGUUCCAGUUCGGUCAUUGUUAGCACUUGUGGAAAGGGUCUUGAUGGUUCAUGGCACAUUGUCAGAUUCUAUGUCGUCCUUUGUGAUUGCAGCUGAACAAGAGUAUGUGUGUUCAGAGCUCCCAGUUCUGCAUUCAUAUGGCCUGGACCUCCUUUCUGCCUUAAUAAAGGGCAUGCGAAGUCAACUACUGCCACAUGCUGCAUAUAUUGUCCGACUGGUGAAGGAGUAUUUCAGAAGAUGUCAUCUGCCAGAUUUAAGGAAAAAGGUGUAUUCAAUCUCACAGAUGUUGCUCAUAUCCAUGGGUGUAGGUAUUGCAGACUAUCUUGCACAAGAGGUUGUAAACAAUGCCCUUGUUGAUCUGCAUUCUGUUGCUCAUCACACAAUUGGUGCUACGUCAAAUGCUUUUUCUGAGGCAUCAUUGCAGCCUUUCCAGAGGAAAAGAAAGCACAAUGCUAAUGGAGUGCUUGAGCAGCAGCAAAACACAUCCGCAUUGGAACUGACCUUACUUGAUAAUAAGUCAGCUGCAAUGCCAGUGAAAAUAGCUGCACUUGAGGCAAUAGAAGCACUUCUUAUUGUGGGUGGUGCUCUUAGAUCUAAGUCCUGGGGUCCAAGUAUUGAUAAUCUCAUAAUGAACAUAGCAAACCAUUGCUGUAUAGGUAGAUGGGGGAACGAAAGGAGUUUCUUGUCAGAUGAACACACUUCCGUGCAUUCAGAUUUUCAACUUGCAGCUUUGAGGGCACUUUUGGCAUCUCUCCUUUCCCAAUCUAGCACUCGCCCCCCUCAUUUUGCACAGAGUCUUCAGCUUUUCCGCCGAGGAAGACAAGAGACAGGAACAAAUAUCUCUUACUUCUGUGCCCAUGCACUAUUAGCCUUGGAAGUGCUCGUACAUCCUCGCGCAUUGCCAUUGAUAGAUUCUCAUUUGAAGAACUCCCAUGAUGAGGUGGAGGAAAACACCAUGUACAGAAUUGAUGACAUACUACACCAGAGGUGGAUAGACGGAACCAAGGAAACCAAUGGCUCACCAGAAAACGUGGAAAGACAAACCAACAUGGAAGAAACCCCUUGUGAAACACUCUCCACAGUUCAUCAAUCAGGCGAGAAAACUUCUGUGGGCAAUGCAGAGGCUGAGAUGAGGCCAAGCAAUGAUGAGAUGAUGGUGGAUGUAAGACAGCCUAAUAAUGAAAUAGCUCCAGGAGAUAGAACUUCUGUGGGCAAUGCAGAGGCCAAGAAGAGGUCAGAAAAUGAUGCAAUGAUGGCGGUUUUAAGAAAGCCAAACAAUCAAACAGCACAGCUCCAGGACUUUGCUUCUAUUGGUUCUGCUGAGGAUGAUGAUUCUGUUGCCCCGGGGGACAAAAGUACCGAGCUUGAUUACAACAGAGAUGUAGCAUUGGCGUCUCCAAAGAGGGCGGCUGCUAUUGGUGUUGAUGUUGAAUCAGAUAAUGAGUCGAUAGAUUCAAUGCCAGAUAUUAAAGAUGUUGAUCCCGAUUCUGAUUAGCAUUGGUUAAUGGAGUGGGUUUAGGCUUUAGAGAUGAACCUCAGGAGUUGAAAGGCUCGUUGUUUUCCUGUUUCUGUAGCCUGAUGAGAGGUGGAUUGUGUUGUUUCAAGGAUGGUACUAGACUUGAUGUGCAGAAACAUCAUCGUAACAUAAAAAUUUGACGUCAAACUUUGAAGAAUUCGAAAUUGCUUACUCUCAAUCUCCAAUCGUCAAAUGGAAAAAGUCCCAGAGGAGGCUUACCUGCCAGGGUCCCAAGUCAUAAUUGACUACUUUAUGGAGUGAAGGUUAAGUUAGCAUAUCGAGAUUAGAAUGUGGGUUAAGUUAAAAUAGAACACAUUAACUCCA